AAACCGCUGAGCCAUCUCUCCAGCCCCAGCGAUGCUUGUUAAACAGUUCAGCUCUGGGGAGACUUUCUUUUUCUAUCCUACAUCACAAAUUUCACAUUACUCUUUAAGAGGUUGUAGCUCCAGGUGUCGAUUUAAUUUAAAAAAAGAAAUGUUUACCAUGUGUAGGCUGUAAGGUGCUUAUUUGUGUGAUUCUUGACAGUGUGGGGGUUGAACCUGUUGGUGUUGGACCAAGUUGGUUCCCCUGUGCUUAGCUCCUUGCGCCGCCCACUCUCUUACUACCCAGAGCUAAAACAUGCCUGAGGCUUGUCACUUUUAAGUGUCCACCAGGCACUCACCCCUCUCCUCUCCCUGGCCUUCGCCUUGGUUAAGACCUUUGCUUCUGCUGGAGUCCCUUCCAGCUUGGCUGCUUCUCAUUCCCUGCCUCUGGGCUCCUGGUUCACUCUCUAUUCAAAGUCAGCCUUCUUCAAAAACUCCUUCUUGCACCCUGGAACCUGGUAGGGACUUCCUGUCAGUCUGAACUCUCGGAACUGUGUGAGACAAGCUUGCUGUGGUGACUGGCUGGCCUUGGAUCACUGGUCCUUCUGCCCCUAGGUUACAGGCAUCUUGUUUAUAAUGGCUCUGGUAGCCGCUCUCUUAGACUUUCACAGCAGGCUACUCUCUCCUGUCCUGGCUGUGUUUUGGACCCUUCCUGCUGCCGCUUUUUUUGAGGACACCCCAGAGGUGGAAGAUGCUUCCCUCGGUUUACAGGAAAGCCAUGCCUCCACCAGUCCUUCCACCCCGGUUCUCUCUGUCUGUCAGUGCCACAAAGCUUGACACAGCUGAUGGGAAGGGUGUGACGUAUGGUGUAUUGGUAAUAGUAAUGUCACCUGCCAGCUUAUCUUAAUCUUAACAUGUAUUACUCAUAAUGUAACCUUCCCGCCUAAAAGAAAUCCCUUUUCCUUUCCCUUGAGAUUUAUGGUAGGAGUUGACUGCAACACUCACCGGCAGUUUGUUUUACUUUUUACUUUUUACUUUUUUUUUUUUUUUUUUUUUUUUGAGGAAAAGAAAACUAUUAACUUGGUGUAAGUAGAAAUGUCACUGAAGGGAAAAUACAGCAAAGAAAAGUUUAGCCAGGUGGUCAUGGUGGAACUUACCAUAGUCCCAGAACUCUGGAGGCCAAGGCAUGAAGGUGGUGGUGUGAGGCCAGCCUAGGCGACACAGAGGAACCCAGCCUCACAAGCCAAAGUUUUUCUUCUUGGAAGUGCAGGGGACCAAGGCCAGAGCCUUGUACCUGCUAGGUAGACGCUUCUGUGGAGCUGCACCCCCAGCCCGGCACAUGUUGCGCUUGCCUCUUUAACCUCUCAUAAAAUAAGGGAACGAGGGCCCAGCUCAGUGGUAGAGUGCUUUGAAACUUCAAUCCUGGUGCCAAAAAAGAAAACGGGAGUGUGUGCUGCUGCUGGUGGGGUAACUGCCCUGGCUCUCAGAAUCCAGUUUUCUGUUACAGCUGUGAGAAUGGCCUGUGAAUCAGCCAAGCCUCCAGUAAUCAGAGGGAGGCAGUGGGAGCUACUGUGAGAGCGAUAAUGCCUGCGGAGGUUGGAGAGAGGCACCGACCGCCCAGUGUUAUGUGCUGGAGGAGGCAGUGCAGUAGGUGGACUUUGAAAAGCCUGGAAGACUUCUAGGUACCUCAUUACUAAGUAGAGGCCAGAAAACCGUGUCUGAGGAGGGAUAUCAAGACCAGAACAUGUCAAGGUCCCUUGUGAGAUACAAUGGUUGGGAAACAUGCUGGCUUGACUCAAGACCUUGGAUAGUCGGGAGGGAGUAUUUAGGGUUCGGCCAGGGGAAAAAUUGUUUGAAACUCCUGAAUGGGUAAUUUGAAGGCAGAGAGAGAGCCAGUAGUGAAGGAAUGCUUUGUCUUAAGGCUGGGUUUGACAUAUGGGGUGGGCUUGGACCUGAGUGGAAGUGGCGAUUUAAGGUAGUUUAAACCUGGAGGGUGUGGUUCGUAGUCUGUGAUCUGUUGGUGGAGCUGCCAGGCAGGCAACUUUUACAAAUUGUAUUUAUUUUUUAAAGGGAAAGACUUGCUGUGUCUUGGCUGCCUCUGCUCCUCAGUGCUGGGAGGUAUGGACGUGGACCGUGGUCAGCUAGUGGUCAGCAACUAAGGAAAAGCUUACCCAAGAGGGCGUCAGUAUGUGGUUGUUCCCUUAACCUCAAGGUUCCUAUAACUUAGUAGAGAGACUUCCAAGGAAACAGGACAGUGUGAUUCAUGCAGCAGUUGCUGUGCGUCCAAAGCAUCGCAGUAAUGAGAAAGAGGAAAGGCUUCUAAUCAGCGAGGUUCUAAGGGGUGAAGGAAAGGGGCAUUUCCAAGGGAGGGAGAGCCUGCGCAGAACCACGGGUGUGUGGAGCCUGCCGCUUCCUGCAGUUCCUUGGCUGAAAGAGAGCAUGGAGGAAUCUUGAGAGGUGGAGAGGGUGUCUGGGGCCUGUGGGGGAGGGGUAGGAAAUUUAGAACGUGAGUGAUACAGUACAGAUACUGUGAGCUGUGUCCAUAUGAUUUGAUUUUACUCGAGCUUCAGAGGUAAGCAGUGUCCUUGGCUACUUUUAUGUCAACUUGACACUAGCUAAAGUCACCUGAGAGGAGGGAACCGCCAUUGAGAAAAUGCAAGAUUGGGCUAUAGGUAAGCUUGUUGGUCAUAUUCUUAAUUAGUGAUUGAUGGGGAGGACCCAGCCUUCUGUGGGUGGUGUCAUCCCUGGGCUGGUGAUCCUGGGUUCCAUAAGAAAGCAGGCUGAGCAAACCAGUAAGCAGCACCCUCCAUGGCCUCUGCAUCAGCUCCUGCCUCCAGGUUCCCGCCUGGUUUGAAUUCCUGUGUUAGCUUCUCUCGGUGGACUGUGAUUCAGUGUAUGUAAGCCAAGUGAGCCCUUUUUUCCCAGACUGCUUUUGGUCAUGAGGUUUCAUCAUAACAAUAUUAGCCCAAACUAAGACAGUGUGAGAAGAUAGGAGACCUGGAGAACUUAACCCAUUGGAUGGGUGGGGGAGCAAAUUUAUAUUUUUAAUUCCAUGUAUGUUCUAUGUAGCAUAAAAAUACUGCAGUCAAAGGGAACAAGAAGCCGGGCGUGGUGGCACACGCCUUUAAUCCCAGCACUUGGGAGGCAGAGGCAGGUGGAUUUCUGAGUUUGAGGCCAGCCUGGUCUACAGAGUGAGUUCCAGGACAGCCAGAGCUACACAGAGAAACCCUGUCUCGAAAAAACCGAAAAAAAAAAAAAAGGGAACAAGAGAUUUACUUUGUGACAGAUAUAGAAUGGCUGUGGCCUGGAAGCACACAUUCUAACUGCCCUGAAGAGCAUGUUUGUUUGUUUGUUUGUUUGUUUGUUUGUUUGUUUUUGAAGACAGGAUUUCUCUGUGUAGCCCUGGCCAUCCUGAACCAGGCUUGCCUUGAACUAAGUGAUUUGCCUGACUCGGCCUCCCAAGUGCUGGAAUCAAAGGUGUGUACCGCUGAAUAACAUAUCUUAACAUGGAAGCAGUUACAUGAACUGUCACAGUCAGAACAAAAGACAGUCAUAAACCAUCUGGACCUGGUAGCAAACACCCACAGUCCCGGGACUCCUGAGGCAGAGGCAAGGAGGGUCACUGUGGAUUCAUAACAGCGACCUGGUAAGGUCCGUCUCAGCCAGAGCGAUCUACCAAGACAGUAUCAGGAAGGAAGACAGACCGACAGACAGAAAGAGAGAGAGGCAAGGAAGUUUGCAGAUACCUUGCUGGGGACUUGAGGUGGCUAGGCUACAACAGGUGCCAGAGACCUUCUUGAUAGUGAGCUUUUGGUUUGAUGAAAGCUAGUGUCCUGCUUAAUUAAUACACCCCAAAAGCUUUACCUGUAGUUAUUAGAUCAGAUACUGGUGAACAUAAUUUUCCCUGAAUCCAUAGUGUUGACUCUUUAAACUCAAGCUUGACACAACCAGUGGAUGUCAAAUCUUCAGCAUGCACCCUGUCCCCGGGCUGGGGGCAGAGGACCUGACAACUUCAAUUUACAAAAAAGUUGUGAUAAAAUCCAAUCAUACAUGUUGAAGAAAAUAUGUCAGUGGUCCAGGUGGAGCUUUCGAGCUGCCCUUUUAAAGCCUACAUUAGAAAGUGGGAGACAGCUGGGCGUGGUGGCGCAUGCCUUUAAUCCCAGCACUCGGGAGGCAGAGGCAGGUGGAUUUCUGAGUUCGAAGCCAGCCUGGUCCACAAAGUGAGUUCCAGGACAGCCAGGGCUAUACAGAGAAACCCUGUCUCAGAAAACAAAACAAAAAAACCAACCCCCCCCCCCAAAAAAAAAAGAAAGAAAGAAAGAAAGUGGGAGACAGGUCUUGUGAGUUAAUGCACUUCCUUCCCCUAUUGGAGAAGAGAGCAGCAGAAGAGCUGGUGGCCCACAGCUCUGUCUCAGUGAACAACUGGUGGUAAAGAAGCAACCAGAAGGGACUUCUGUGGACUGGGUAGGGACCUGAGGGAGUCAGGAGCCUGAACUUACAGUGUCGCUGGACCUUAAAACUGGUGGGUGAUGUUUCCUAGGUGUGAAUCUAAGUGCAGUUGAGCAAUGCAGAAUGGAGCCCUGGAGUUUGUCUGAGUAAGGACAGGGAGGCAGAAAGGCUCUGAGGUGAGACUCUAGGCUAGACACAUGCCAGCAGCGCUCCCUGAGAGUUCUGCAGGGUCUUAGAAGAGUGAUGCCUGGCUCAUGAGUAGACAGGGGACUCGUUCAUAGAGGAAAUAAGUUAGAAGUGUACCACUGGGUCAUAUCAUGAAGCUUUUGUGUUGGUUUUACCAGAAAGGAAUGUGGUGGCUUUUUUCCAUUUCCUAGAAUGAUGCUUUUUUUACAGUUGUGAAAAUCAUCUUAAGAAACAGCGAUUGGCUCAGUGUCUGUUAUGGCUAAUACUUGGGGGUUAUUCCAGAAUGUUGAAAUAGGGGAUGCUCACUGCUAAUGCCUUAGCUUCCCCUUCCCCGUUCCUUUCCCAGCCAGUGUUGUAGGAUUCAUUUUAAGAUUAUAUUUACUUACUUAUUUUGUCGGAGCUGUUUAUACCAUAUCCUGCAUGGGGAUCCGAGGUCAGCUUGUCAAAAUUGGUUCUCCUUCCACCGUGUAGGUCCCAGGGAUUGAACUCCGGUCAUCAGGCUUGGUGGCAGGUGACUCUACUUGCUGAGUGUAGGAUUUUUUUGUUUUGUUUUGUUUUGUUUUGUUUUGUUUUUCAAGACCUGUCUCUGUAUAGCCCUGGCUGUCCUGGAACUCACUUUGUAGACCACGCUGGCCUCAAAUUCAGAAAUCCGCCUGCCUCUGCCUCCCAAGUGCUGGGAUUAAAGGCGUGCGCCACCACGCCCAGCUUUAGGAUUUUUUUAAAAGAUGUAUUUAUCUCUCAAAGAUUUCAUGUGUAUGAGUGCUUUGCCAUUGUGUGUGUCUAUGCACCACACACAUUCCAAACACCAGUGGAGGUCAGAAGAGGACAUUAGAUCCUCUGAAACUGGUGUUACUGGUAGUUGUAAGCUGUCUUGUGGGUGACAGGAGCCAGACCCAGGUCUUUUGUAAGAGCAGCAAGUGCUCUUAACUGCUGAGCCAUCUCUCUGCCCCUCUUAUGUAGGAUUUUAAUUAAAUCAAGGUUCAAUAUCUUGUGUCUUUGUUUUUGUUUUUGCUAACAUUUUACUAAAUUAAUAUAAUUGUUAAAAUUAGCAUCCUUAAAUUUCAAGUGAAGUUAUAGGAGGAUAAAUCUCUGUAGUAAUUAAGGAGCUGCUUUGUUCUAGAAAAAUAGGAACUUAGUAUUUUUUCCACUAAGAAAUCUAAAGAUGGCCAAGCAUUGGUGAUGUACACCAUAAUGUCAGCUAACUACUCAGAGGCUGAGGCAGAGGCAUUGCAAAUUUGAGAUCUACUUGGGUUGUGUAGUGACUUGAAGACCAUCCUGGGUCUCCCAAGUAAGACCAUCUUACUGAGCUCCGUCCUCAACAAUGAAAGGAAAGAAGGAGGGAGGGAGGUAGAAAGGAAGGGAGGAAGGAAGGAAGGAAGGAAUUAAUUGUGAAGUAGCCGGUGGAGGACCUGCCUAGCAUGUCCAAGAAAACUUUGUGUUUAAUCCUGAGUAACACAAAGGGGAAAAGAAAAGUCUAAAAGAUAAGCAAGUCUCAGUGGUUAGGAGCUGGUCCCUCCUGAUCACAGAGUGACUUAUGCUCCAGCUAUCAGGGCUCUGUGUUAAGAAAUAUAGACAGGUGGUGAUGGUGAUGGUGAUGGUGAUGGUGAUGGUGAUGGUGAUGAUGAUGAUGCUGCUGCUGCUGCUGCCGCCGCUGCACUGCCGAUGCUGGUGGUGCCAGCAGGUACCGACCAGUCUGCACCACCAUACCUGGCCCUUUUUUUUUUUUUUCUUUUUGUGAUUUUGGGGAUGGAAUGCAGGCCCUACCUAGUUCAUACCAGCAAGCACUGUGACACUGAGCUUCGUCCCAGCCAUAAACCAGAGUUUCUUAAUCUCAUCUGAAAGCAGGUCCUAAUUAUCUGCUAGACAGAUAACCACAUGAUCUUACCACAAAGGUCAGGUUGCUGGCAGAGGUGCUUAGAACACAUUCAUGCAUAGAGAGACACAUUUGAGACUGGCAAAAUGGUCCUUGGACCUGGCAAGGGGGCAGGUGGAGCUGGGUACAGCGAAGUACUGCUGUGGUUGCCAGCACUCAGGAAGCUGCAGCAGGAGGGCCCUUUGAGUCCAGUGAGCCAUCUGAAGGGAAGGGCCAGGAGUGAGAGACACCAGCAGACAGCAGAAGAAGACAAGAAGGCAACAGAGAGGCAGAGAAGUGAAGGAUUCCUGCUAUUGAGGACUCAUUCUGGGACCUAAAAUAUGACAAGCUUGUAUUUAAACAGAUGCUGGAGAUGCCAAGAACAUCUUCUCAAGCUAUAAAAGCCAGGAGUAUAUCAAGGGGAUCUGCGAGCCGGAGCUGGAGGAGAAAGAGUGCUACCCCAAGGCCAUGCACUGCAUUUUUGUCGGGGCACAAAGCCUCUUUUUGAAGAGCUUAAUUCAGGAUACGUGUGCUGACCUCUGUGUUUUAGAUACUGGGCUUCUUGGCAUCCGAGGAAGCGCUGAAGCUGUGGUCAUGGCCAGGAGUCACAUUCAGCAGUUUGUGAAGCUCUUUGAGAGCAACGAGAACCUCCCCAGUAAUCAGAGAGAGUCGGAAAUCAAACGGGAAUUCAGACAGUUUGUUGAAGCCCACGCAGACAGUUAUACAAUGGACCUGUUGAUUCUGCCUACUUCCUUGAAGAAGGAACUACUGAGUCUCACACAAGGGGAAGAGAGUCUGUUUGAAACAGAUGAUGAUGUCAUUACUGUUGGAGAUGUACGGCCACCAGAGUACACACAGAGUGCUGCCACAGGACCGAGUAGUGCUAGAGAUGAAGUUGUUGUACAGGAAGAUUCUAGAAAUAAAGCUAGGACCCCUGUUUCUGAGCUUACAAAACACAUGGACACAGUCUUCUCUAGUUCACCAGAUGUGCUUUUUGUUCCGGUGAAUGGCCUAAGUCCAGACGAAGAUGCUCUUUCCAAAGACAGAGUUUGUCACAAGAGGAGAUCUUCUGAUACGGAAGAAAGGCACACCAAGAAGCAGUUUUCCUUGGAGAAUGUUCCAGAAGGGGAGCUUUUGCCAGAUGGUAAGGGGUCAGCUGGAAAUGAAGUUAUUGACCUGUCUGAUCCUGCUUCAAACUCUACAAAUCUAAGCCCCGAUGGAAAAGACACUACAGAAGAAAUGGAAUACAAUAUCCUUGUUAACUUCUUUAAAACCAUGGGCUAUUCCCAAGAGAUUGUUGAAAAGGUCAUUAGGGAGUAUGGGCCUUCUACAGAACCGUUACUGCUCUUAGAGGAAAUUGAAAAAGAAAAUAAAAGGCUCCAAGAAGACCGAGACUUUCCACCUUGUACUGUGUAUCCAGAUGCCAGUCAGAGCAGAAAUGCAGGGGUUGGGAGCACCACAAAUGAGCUCACAGCAGACUCCACGCCAAAGAAAGCACAGAGUCACACAGAGCAAAGUAUGGUGGAGAGAUUCUCGCAGUUACCGUUCAAAGACUCUAAACACUGUACCUCAAAUUGCAAAGUUAAUUCUUUCAGAACAGUGCCAGUAGGACAAAAACAGGAAAUCUGGGGUUCAAAGCAGAACUCAAGUUGUACUGUCGACCUGGAAACUGAUGGCCACUCGGCCUCUGCCGCCUCUGCCAGCCCUAAAGACAUCAGUUUUGUUUCAAGGGGAGCUUCAGGGCACCAACAGAGAAACCCAGCUUUUCCUGAAAAUGGUUUUCAACAGCAAACAGAACCUUUGCUUCCAAAUAAUACGAAGCCUGCCUGUGAAAAGCGUUCUGGCUCCUGUAGCUCUCCUCAGCCUAAGCCAAAUUAUCCCCCACUUUCUCCACCACUGCCGCUGCCCCAGCUGCUACCUUCAGUUACUGAGGCUCGAUUGGGAGGGUCCUCUGACCAUAUCGAUUCCUCAGUUACAGGGGUUCAAAGAUUUCGAGAUACCUUAAAAAUACCAUACAAGCUGGAAUUAAAAAACGAACCAGGACGAGCAGAUUUGAAGCAUAUUGUUAUAGAUGGAAGUAAUGUUGCAAUUACCCACGGUCUGAAAAAGUUCUUUAGUUGCCGUGGAAUAGCAAUUGCAGUUGAGUAUUUUUGGAAGCUCGGCAACAGGAACAUCACUGUGUUUGUCCCACAGUGGAGAACAAGACGGGAUCCUAAUAUCACAGAACAGCACUUCUUAACCCAGCUCCAGGAGCUUGGAAUAUUAUCUUUAACUCCUGCCCGGAUGGUCUUUGGAGAAAGAAUUGCUUCUCAUGAUGACAGGUUUCUACUGCACUUAGCGGACAAGACUGGGGGUAUAAUUGUAACAAACGAUAACUUCAGAGAGUUUGUGACCGAGUCGGUGUCCUGGAGAGAAAUUAUUACCAAAAGACUGCUUCAGUACACGUUCGUGGGGGACAUAUUUAUGGUUCCUGAUGACCCUCUGGGAAGAAACGGACCUCGGCUAGAAGAAUUUCUUCGAAAGGAGGCCUUUCUUAGACACAUGCAGCCGCUACUCAAUGCCCUGCCAAGUGUGGGCACAUUUGACCCUGGCUUCCGGAGUCCCAGCACGCAGGUAGCCAACAACAGCCACCAGCCUCCACCCCGGAUCCAGACCUCUUCAAGCCCUUGGCUUCCCCAGCAGUCCCACUUCACAGCUCUGGCCACCCUUCCCAGUAUGCAGCAGAACCCACCCCUGCCAGCACAGAGAUCUUCUGCAGAGACCAGCGAGCUGAGGGAGGCGCUGCUAAAGAUCUUCCCUGACUCUGAGCAAAAGCUGAAGAUCGACCAGAUCCUGGCAGCUCAUCCGUACAUGAAAGACCUGAAUGCCCUGUCGGCCCUGGUGUUGGACUGACGGCUGGGCUGGAGCCCACUGAUGCUGGGGAACUGCCAACCGUGGGAUGGACCAUAACGUGAAGAAGCCUUCCCGGAAAGCAUUGCUGUGUUGUAUAGAAAAAGGAGGGAAAUGUUUUAUGUAUACAAAAGUCUGGGGUUUCAAAGCCAGCUUUUUUCUAUAUAUAAAUUAUGCUGCUAUUACAGACUUAACGUUUUCUGUAAAAGGAAAGUACUCUUUCUGCCUGUUCAGAACUGUUUAAUAGCAGUUACUCUUGAGUGUAUUUACAGUUUUAUGUUUUUUAAACUAUUUUCCUUAAAGCUGAAGAAAAAAUGACAAAUAAAUAUGGUUAGCCUUUCUAAAUAAAAUUUUAAAAAAAAAUUAAGAAAAAAAAAGGAGUUGCUUCCUUAAGGAAAGCAAGACUUCUUAAAGUCUAUUUUCUUGAGGUAAUUUGUCCUGUUCACUAAACAUGGCGUGUGCUCCCCUGCCUUCAUCCCUAGAGUGGGCCUGCUCUGCUCUUGUGGGGCCUUCUCAGCGAGCCAUUAUGAGAGUGAAGAAGUGGAGCCACUAGAUGGCAUCUGACACCCGGGCUGUCACCAGUGGCCAGACAAAGUCAGACUGAGGAGCAGGUGGGAAGUCUUAGAGGACGUACAGCCCCAGCAUGCUCCCUGACUGGCGUAGCUCCGUAGUGCACUCACCAGCCAUGGCCGCCAUGCUCCCACCCUGGCUCCACAGCUACCUUAGCCUCAGAAGACAAGGUAGGCACUGAAGCCUCUGGUGAGGAGACCCCCCCCCCCCCAUGUGGCGUUUGUACAGCUUUGCCAAAAAGUUUUCUAUUCUCAAGGAUGACCCAAGCCAAUAAAUAGCAUUAGUCCUUUCAGAAGGGCCUCAAAGCCCCUGCAUUUCCCUUCUUUUGUCUACUUAGAGGUUUCUUAGCAGCAAUUCCUGAGUCUUUCAGAACCAGUUAUCUCAGUAUUGUCUCUUCUCGGUGUAGCUUGAAGUCUGUGUCUGUGAACCCCCUCCUGGUCAUUCUUAGUGUCUUGGCUCUCACCUGGACCUUCAAAGGGCUUUGUGUUCUCCAUCCAUGCAGUCUCCAGGCCCUUGUGGUUAAAUUCACUGCCCUGUGGAUUGUUGUUCUCCCGGUCCCGCAGGUAACCGUGGACUUGGUGCUGGUUUGUUAUCCGUAGUGCAGGGACUGUGUAGAUCACAGAAUGCUGCCACCAUGCCGUGUCUUGGUUCAUUUGGUCCCUGCACCCAUCAGGAGAUGAACAGAGCCUUCUAGGUGGCCAUACUUACGUGAUCUCUCCUGAAUUUGUUGAUGAUCCAGCCUGCUGGGAAGCUGUUUGUCAUCUGUCCCUAGGGGGUUUCAGACCUGCAGGCUGUGUGAGUACAGAACAGAGACUUCUGGCCAGCCCCAGGAGUUGACCCACCACAGUCCCCCACCCAGUGCCUCAGCUUGGGAGCACAGCAAAGGUGCCAAGGUGGAGCUGUCUCCAGGGCUUCCUGGUGUGGUCAAUCCCAGCCCAGCACUGCUGGGAACCAGGAGAGCCGGGAGUACUCCAUAGCUGCCUCAGCCUGAUGCUGGCCUGAGGAGCACAGGCUCUCAAAGGCCCUUCGGCUAGCCUGAUCUUUGAGUUGUGUGCCUCUGUGUUCUUAGUAUUGUUUCUGAGAGAUACCUGCCCAUUUCCCCUUGCCCCAUAUAGGAGGGAGGAAAAAGCUGGAGGAAACCAAAAGGCAUUAAUUACUUUGUAGAUUAUAAUGUGAAAUAUAAUUCUAGAUUCUUUGUGAAAUCUGUCACAUUUAGGUAUAACAUUUACAGCCCAGUUAUCCAGCCACUGAAGAAAGCUCACAACUUGCUUCUUUGCCUCAUCCAAAGCUCUGUUGCUGCUAGGUGCUUGUAGAUGCUUGACCUCCAUCCCUCCAGUGCCUCCUCAGUGAACUUGGGAGCGUCUUGGAAUUCCUCCCUGUGUGGAGUGCCUCUGCCUCCUGUGUAUCCUGGCAUUUGGUUGAGGCGGCCAGUGCAGCUAAGGCUGAUACCUUUGGUCAUUGGACAAGGUGUCGUGUGUGUGUGUGUGUGUGUGUGUGUGUGUGUGUGUGUGUGUGUGUGUGUCCUGGUCCAGUGUGGUUGACAGGCUCAGCUGUAUUUCUAGGACAUGUUAGGCAUGAAAGAGAGCUCCACCUCUCCUUGCCAGUCCCAAGUACCUAGCCCUCCCCCUGGGAGGGGCAUCUACUGCAGGCCCUCUGCACCAGGCUCACCCAGGCCCUUGCCUGCUCCCCAUACCUCUCCAGGGCUGUCCCUCCUCAGCAUUCUGAGCCACCUCAGCUGGGUCCAUCAGUUGCACUGUUCGCCCGAAUCGUUACUUGGUUCCUCUGAUCCCUUUAGUUAAAACACCCUUCGUUCUGUUGCUAAUGCUUCUCUCUGGCUUCCCACUUUCCCCUCCCAGAUUUGGAAACUUGGCUUCUGCCCACCACAUGGGAGUAGCCUGGGAAAUCACUGGUUGCCAUUUCAUCAUUAAUGGAGUAGCUACAGACAGCAAAGCCAUUGGCCUCCCUUUCUCUGUUUUCCUUCUUGAAGCGCUCCAUUCCUUUCUUCUUGAAGGCCUAGCCUUAAUUCAGUUUCUCAGCAGGUGGCUCUCAAGGUGAACCACCCCUUGGGCUUACAGAGAAAAGGGCAACCCUUGCUACCCUUGCUAAAAGGCAGGCUGUCAAUCUGUCACCGCCCUGAGGGAUGGACUCAGUGCUUUAGAGGAAAGCUGGUGGCUUGUCACUGC